AGCGAGGACUUUUAUGGUAUCUGUGAAGACGCUUUCCUUGUCUACCUCGAUGAGGUUGCCCGCUCAUCCGUUCCUAAUGAUGACCACUCGAUAUUCUCCAGGUUAACGAAAUAAUACGAAGAUCACUUUAGGAAGAUAUGCGCAAGCUAAAUAUUCUGGAUCCGGACAUAUUGACGAGAGUCACAGAAGAUGGACCUGAGAUUUUGUUGGUUUUGUGGAGCAAUUCGUUUAGAAGCAAUUCGGCUGCCCAACGCCAGAUGGCUCUGUCUACGUUGACAUUAAGUCCUUCGAGCAGGCUGGAAAUCACUAUGCUAGAUUAGAGCCAUGGAGCCGGAACGACAAAAGCCUUCAGAAAGAAGGUGAGGGAUCCUUGUCCCAACGCGCUGUAGCAAAACACUCAAAGAAUGACUUUGCCCUCUGGAAAUCAUCCCAGCCCGGAGGGCCAAGCUGGCCCAGCGAGGCACUAUGCCGAUGUUCUAGCAACCUUCCGAAAUAGUGUGGUAGCUGUAAACCUGGACGAUCCUCAAAGUAUCACGAAAGAAGUUCUGGUGCUCUGUGAUUGUGUUCGCGAUGUUGAUCUCUUUAACUGGUAUCUACUUGGAAGACUGAGAAGGCCGACCGGCUCUAGUACGUCUGGUUACUUGAGAUCUUAUCGAGGCCCGUCAGGAACAAGCUGGGCAGUAUUUGGAGAAACAGCGGAUUGA